AUGUCUCAGCGCAUUUCCCUUGCGACUCCUGACCCUCAAUUCCUUGAAAUAUUGUCGACGCUGCCCAAAGAUGCACCCCAGGUUACUGGCAUCAGCCAAGUACGGCAGGGCUUCGUCGACGGUGCCAUCAAGCCACAGCAAGAGUCCUUGAGGCCUCACCUUCCUCCAGCGUACACUGUGAGGGACACACAGGUCCAAGUUGAUGGCGGUGAGAUUCUUGUUCGCGCCUUGAUACCUACUCCUCACGGAGAAAGCGGCGAUCAAUUCCCUGUUCUCGUUUGGUACCAUGCCUCGGGUUGGCAUCUCGCCAGUAUCGACCUUGACGAUUUCACGAUGAGAAUUGCUUGCGUGGAACUACAAGUUGUCAUUGUGCUGGUAGCAUACAGGCUAGCGCCCGAGAAUCCGUUCCCUACAAGUGUGAACGACAGUUACACGGCCUUGAAAUGGGUUGUUGAAAAUGCUCCUUCGCUCUCUGUUUCCCUUGAAAAGGGCUUCAUUGUUGGAGGCGCCAGUGCUGGUGGCAAUCUUGCCGCAGUAAGCGUGAACCAAGCUCGCGACGACCCAUUCUUCAAUGAACAUCCUAUUACUGGGCAACUUCUUGAUUACCCGACCACUAUUCAUCCACAUGCAGUUUCUGAAAGGUGGAAAGGCGAACUUUCGUCGCUGAUCGCACCAGAGACUAACAUUCCCGGUAUCUUCAACAACACGGACCUUGUCGGCAUAUACGACGACUACAAAGUCCCUGAUCCAAGCGACCUCCGAGUAUCCCCUCUACUUCUUCCCAGCCACAAGGGUUUGCCUCGCACCUUCAUGCAGUCUUGUGGUCUUGACCCAUUGCGCGACGAGGGCCUUGCGUACGAGAGACUUUUGAGGGAGGCAGGUGUCGAGACGAAGCUUAUCAUCUAUCCGGGGCUCCCCCACUCUUUUCAUCACUUCUUCUUGACUAUUGACGCUUCAAAAAGGUUCGAGGAGGACUUCAAAGAAGGAUUGAAGUGGCUGUUGAGACGUGUGUAG